AUGUGUAUCAUGUGGUUCGUAACGCACAACGACGGCCCCCGUGAGCACCUUAUCGACUACCUUCACUGUGGCCAUCUCGACUGCCCUGGAACGUUGGAGUUUCACAACAAGUGCGUGCUCGUAGAACCCCGCGCCGACUGUGGAGAGUGUCUGAAGGCAGAUGGCGAUCAGGUGGAUCAAGAGGUCGCUGAGGAGGAGAAUGUUGCGGUUGGAGGACGGAACCAAGAGGAGGACGAUGACGAGGCCGGCUCAUACCACAGCUUCCGAAGCCUCUCGGACGUCGACAGCAUCACGUCACACUGGCGUCUAGACCCGCCGCGUGUCCGUCGAUCGGCUCGAGGUCCGCAAGAGAACUCGCCAGCACCAGCUCCCCACGCUUCUCCGGCAGGUGCAGAGCCCUUCGAAACCCGCUCGGCGCACGACCCGCACGAAAUGCAAGAAGUGGGCUCGCCAUAUCACGAAAAUGGCUCCAACCAGGACCCGAGCAUCCCAGAUGUUGCAGAAGGCCAAUUUGUCAACUCACCCAACACGCUCAAGCACCGUCAUCUCGUCAACGGCCAGCUGAAAGAGCUGAAAAAGCUUACCAAGCGGAUGUCUCGCCAUCGGCGCCAGAACAGCGGACCCGCGCGCCAACAACAACAACACCGACGUCAAAACAGCCAGGCAGCCGGUAAUGUCGUCGCCACACACCCUUAUGGGUUCGCGAUGGGCGUGGACGUAGUGCCUCAAGGUCUGCCAGGAGGUCAUGUGCCGCAGUACUUGGGAGUGCCUCAACCAGGCCAGGCGCCGACGUGGGUUUGGGGACCGGUUCCGCCGUCUCAUCUGAGGGGGAUGUAUCCGCCUUUCUAG